CUUGACGUCAUUUCUCUAAGGUGAGGUGGUUUCCGGGUGAUAAUCCGGUGAUCAGUCGGUGAGGAACUGUGGUUGGAGUCAGUCGGAACCAUGGAGUGCUCGAGUUGGGUCGGAAUCGCCCUAGCGGGUCUUAGCGUGUUAUGUGUAGCACAGUGUAGUCUUUCGGAUGUGCCGGAGCUGACCAACUACACAUUCCCUGAUGACUUCAUGCUGGGAGUGUCAACGGCUGCCUUCCAGAUCGAAGGGGGGUGGAAUGAGGGGGGUAAAGGAGAAAGCAUGUGGGACACGUACAUCCACAAGCACCCGGAGUACACACUGGACCGGUCCAAUGGUGACGUGGCUGCUGACUCGUACCACAAGUGGCGGGAGGACAUCCGGAUGAUCCAGGACCUAGGCGUCUCAUACUACCGCAUGUCCAUAUCAUGGCCACGAUUGUUGCCGAACGGAACCGAUAAUAACAUAAGCAAGGACGGCGCGAAUUACUACCGUAGAAUAUUUAAGGAGUUGAAAAGAUUAAACAUAACGGUGUUAGUAACGUUAUUUCAUUGGGAUAUGCCUACACCGCUGAUGGAUCUCGGAGGCUGGGCCAACCCGAAGAUUGUGGAUUAUUUCGAAGAUUAUGCCCGGGUUGCUUUCGACCUUUUCGGGGAUGUCGUCAACAUAUGGACCACUCUGAACGAGCCGCACCAACACUGUUAUAACGGCUAUGGAAACAAUUAUUUUGUCCCCGCGCUGCAGUCCCACGGGGUGGGAGAGUACUUGUGUACUCAUUACAUGUUACUGGCCCAUGCCAGGGUCUACCAUCUGUACGACAGAGAGUACCGGCCCAAACAGAAAGGAAAGAUUGGCAUAACUCUGGACGCGUUUUGGGCAGAACCUCACGACAGCAGCAAACCUGAGGACCAUGAGGCGGCGGAACGGUAUCUACAGAUGCAUUUUGGAAUCUACGCGCACCCAAUCUACUCCAAAACUGGCGACUACCCAGCUAUAGUGCGCGAGCGCGUCGAUAACAUCAGUCUGCAUCAAGGCUUCGCACGGUCCCGACUUCCAUACUUCACUUUAGAAGAGAUUGACCAGCUCCACGGUAGCUCAGAUUUCUUCGGCCUGAACCACUACACGACGUUCCUGAUGGCUCCAUCGUCUUUCGAGGAGACCUGGCGCGUGCCCUCGUUAGACCACGACACUGGCGUGCGGCUUACGCAGAACCCUAACUGGCCAAAACCCGGGGCUGACUGGUUCACGGUCUACCCACCAGGCUUCAGGAAACUGCUGAACUGGAUAAAGAGAAACUACGGCAGUGAUAUACCAGUUAUUAUCACGGAGAACGGAAGCUGCGACUUUGGCGGCCUCAAGGACUACGAAAGAGUGUCAUACUAUAACAAAUAUCUGUACCAAAUGCUGCUAGCCAUGUACCAGGAUGGAUGCAACGUGCAAGGUUACUUCGCUUGGACGUUGAUGGACGAUUUUGAAUGGACAGAUGGAUAUGUAUCAAAGUUUGGCCUAUACCAUGUGGAUUUCAAUGACCCCAACCGGACUCGAACCCCCAAGCUUUCAGCCAUCAACUAUCGAGAAAUAGUCAGGACGAGACAAAUCAACUUUGACUUCAUCAAGCCGCCGGGCAGACCACUACACGACAAUAGGAUAUAAUAAUAAAAAAACACCAGUUUGUAAAUAGUAGGAUUAAUAAUAAUAAAAAAUAAUAUAGUAAGUUUUUAAAUGAAUGCCACCAAAACGAAGGUAUCUAUCGAAGCAAUCAUGCAAAUUGAACCAUCAACUUUUUAUCUUCACAAGGUACCUAUUGUUGAAUAGGUGCCCCGCGUGGGAUUCGAUACUUUUAACAUCGCUUUAUUAUUAUUAUUUCGUCUGGUAAAAAAAAAAAUAUCCUGCGUGGAUCAUAUAUUUAGCUAAAGCUCUAGUAAGAACCCGUUACUAUGUGUUUUUUUUAUGAUAAUAACCGCGUAAACUUAAAACAAUGUAUAAAUCAAUUAAGAUUUUUUUAAAAAAGAGGCGCUUACAUGCUUUGCUCUAUAAGACGACGAUUUAAGUAUUUAUAGUUAGGUACUCAAAUUAAUUAAUCUGAAAAAAAAAAUUGGAUGAACUUUCAGAUAAGUUAUUGGCUCAUUACCUGAUGGUAAUAAUAUAUGUUAAGAGAUAAUACUAUAUACUGCGUCUGUUGUAAAUAUUUCACGUGAGACUAAAAUUCAUUACAAUGUAAUAAUUUAUAAAUAAAAUUCCUAGCACUUAUUUAAUUAA